GUUUUUUUCAGUAUUCUAUUCGUCAUCAUAGCGGAUAGUAUUGUUUCAAGAGGGAGUUCUGUUGUAGAAGCGACGAUAGGGGCGACGUUUUUCAGCGAUGCGCGAGAUCAUUUCUAUUCACAUUGGUCAGGCGGGAUGCCAGUUGGGGUCUAGUCUUUGGGAGCUUUAUAAUCGAGAGCACGGGAUUGAACAUGAUGGGAGGACGAAGUACAACGAGAUGCAAGACAAGUCGUGCCAGACGUUUUACCAGGACACCGGGUCUGGGAAGUACGUGCCGAGGGCGAUAUUUAUGGACUUGGAGCCGUCUGUGGUGGACGCGAUAAGGACAGGGGAGUACAAGAAGUUGUUUCACCCGUCGCAGUUGAUAUCGGGGAAGGAGGAUGCGGCGAACAAUUACGCGCGUGGGCAUUACACGGUGGGGAAGGAGAAGUUGGAUUUGGUGUUGGAUCACGUGAGGAAGUUAGCGGAUCAGUGUGAGGGUUUGCAGGGGUUCAUGGUGUUCCACUCAGUGGGUGGAGGAACGGGAAGUGGGUUUUGCAGUUUGUUGUUAGAGAGGUUGGUGUACGAUUAUCCGAGGAAGAACAAGUUAGACUUUUGCAUUUAUCCUAGUCCGAGAGUGUCGACGGCGGUGGUGGAGCCGUACAAUUCCGUACUGUCGACGCAUGGGUUAUUGGAGCACACUGACUGCGCGUUUUUGUUGGAUAAUGAGGCGAUUUAUUCGAUUUGCCACCAAUCGUUGGACGUGGAGAGGCCGACGUAUGUGAACCUGAAUCGCUUGGUGUCUCAGGUGAUAUCGAGUUUGACGUGUUCUUUGAGGUUUGAGGGGACGUUGAACAUGGACAUGAACGAGUUCCAGACGAAUUUGGUUCCGUAUCCGCGAAUUCACUUUUUACUCCCGAGUUACGCGCCGAUCAUUAGUUCCGCUAAGGCGUUCCACGAGCAGCACUCUGUGGCGGAAAUCACGAACGCGGUCUUCGAGGCGCAGAACAUGCUUUGCAAGUGCGAUCCUCGCACGGGGAAGUACAUGGCGUGUUGUUUGAUGUAUCGAGGUGACGUGUUGCCGAAGGACAUGAGCAACGCCUUGACCAGCGUGAAGAACAAAGGGACCAUCCAUUUUGUCGAUUGGUGUCCGACUGGAUUUAAAUGCGGCAUUAAUUCUCAGGCACCCGUGAUCGUUCCCGGAUCGGAACUCGCUCGCACGCAACGUGCGGUUUGCAUGCUCUCCAACACAACUUCGGUCGCUUCGAUGUUCAGUCGCAUCAACCAGAAGUUCGACCUCAUGUACGCCAAACGCGCCUUUGUCCAUUGGUACGUCGGUGAGGGUAUGGAAGAGGGCGAGUUCUCUGAAGCUCGAGAGGAUCUGGCGGCGCUCGAGAAGGACUACGAAGAGGUCUGUUCAGACGGAGAAAUCGUAUACACAGAGGAAGAGGACAUGACCACAUAUUAAAAAAAAAAAAAAAAAAAUUUCCCCGCUUUCUCCCCGUCAAAUGCCGUAAA